AUGCCGGGGGUGCUGUCACGUGUCUGGAACUACGUCACGUGCUGGGGCCUGCAGGACUGUCUCUGCAGUUGGUAUCUUCAGGGCCUCAUGGCUGCCCUGCCAUCUUACGGCAGCACCGGGCUUGGCGCCUUGAGGCUGUCGGUUCUGAGCCGCCAUCUCCUGCUCCUAAUGCUGCUGCCGCCAUCCAACCCCGGUUAUAAAGAGGACAAACCUAUGCCAGUUUGCAGCAAACCCUGGUGGUCGGACGAUGUGGAUGUGCCUCGCCAUUGGCCCUGGGAGGUGAGCCUGCGGAUGGAAAAUAAACACGUGUGUGGAGGGGCCCUCAUUGACCCUAGCUGGGUGGUAACUGCCGCCCACUGCAUCCAAAGCACCAAAGAGUACUCGGUGAUGCUUGGCACCUCCCAGCUGCAGCCCGUGAACUCCACCAGGGUCCUCUUCAUCCCAGUGAGGGACAUCAUUUUGCAUCCCAAGUUCUGGGGCCGGACCUUCUUCAUAGGUGACGUUGCCCUUCUCCAGCUUCAUACUCCUGCCACCCUAAGUGAGUAUGUUCAGCCCAUCUGCCUCCCGGAGCCCAAGUUCAACCUGAAGAUUGGGACACAGUGCUGGAUGACUGGCUGGGGCCAAAUUAAGCAGCGUUUCUCAGCCAACUCCAAGUUGACCCCGCAGCUGCAGGAGGCUGAGGUCUUUAUCAUGGACAACAAGAGGUGUGACCAGAUUUACCGCAAGAAGUCCCUCUUCCCCCGUGUCAUCCCCCUUGUCCUGGAGGACAUGAUCUGUGCUACCAAUUAUGGAGAAAACUUGUGCUAUGGAGACUCUGGGGGGCCACUGGCCUGUGAAGUCGGGGGCAAGUGGAUUCUAGCUGGUGUGAUGUCCUGGGAAAAGGCCUGCGCCAAAGCACAGAAUCCAGGCGUGUAUACCCGUGUCACCAAAUACAGCCAAUGGAUCAGGAAGCAGCUUGAUGGAGCUGUCUCAGUCCCCUGUGCCUCCACCUGGCUCCUGCUCCUGUCCGGGCUGCUGCAGCCUCAGAUGGGACCCUGA